AUGGAAACGGUCAUGGAUGCGGUCAAUGAAGCGAUCGAGGGUUCGAUUCCCUCAAUGCCACCUCCAGAGGGAGACCCAGGAGUCAAGUCAUUUGACGAAACUGAGAAAGAAAGCCAUGGCCAAGUGUACAAAUGCCGCUUUUGCGGACUUGUCUACAACUACUUGACUACGCUGAGGGCACACGAGCGAGUACACGACGUGGAAGAGCCAUAUGUCUGCGCUAAAUGCGGCAUUUCAUAUCGUUUCUAUUCAGAGCUGGAGAUCCACAGCAAAGAACAUACAGGCCAGUAUACGUACAAGUGUGAAUGUGGACGGAGCUUUGCGAAAUACAGUGACUUACUCUACCAUGAACAUCCGGGAGAAGACGAAGAAGAGCAUGUCGAUGCUGUGGUACUGAGUCAUAAAGAGCCACCGACGAAGUACUAUCCGGAUGCAAGACGUUUCUACUACUGCCAGUUCUGCUGCAAGGGCUUCGCGUCCAGCAGGGAACUCAAAUACCACCUCUAUAGCCAUCGCGGAGAAAGAGCGUUUACCGUCGGAUCGUCGCGAUAUCUGAUGAAUCGUAUCUAG